AUGCGGCGAACUGUAGUACGACGUGUUGCGCCGUGGGUUCCGCCGCCGCGCCACGACGUGAAGGUGACGAUGCCGCCUCCGCCGCCCGGUGAAGUCGGCGGUCCCUUUGGCGUCUCGCAGGGCUACAGCGACCGCCUCGCCCACACGCCGUACUGGAAGCGCAUGGCUCUCUCAACGUAUGAGCUGCGUAUGAGGGAGAAUGCAACGCGGUACCCGAUGAGCGAACACCGCCCUGGGGAGUACGACAUACGCUACCUCCCCAGGUCGUAUCCGUGCCAGAUUCGGAACCGGUCGCUCCUGGAGGUUGGAGAGCCGCGGCAAAUCCCAACCAUCCACAUUCCUGUCAUCUUCCUGGUGAACCUGUACGAUGAGAACAAGAACUGUUGGUUUGGACGGAAGUACGAGACAGUGUACGUGGCGCGGCGUUUUAUGCGCGAGGAGCUGAUGCCGCAGCGGUACGCCAUUUAUGCCACGCCAGAGGCCUACGCCUUGCUUGGGCUCCCUGUGGUGGAUCACCGCGUUCACGCGGAGAUUCCCAAGACACCACGCGACUAUGAUAAAUUGUUGGAGCGACAGAAGUACGACGAAGAGCGGUGGAAGUACUCCAUCGAGUAUCUCUUCCGAAAGUAUGAGGCAGGUCCGCCAGAACUGCUGGACCGCGCCGAAGACGGGUGGGACGGCACAGAGGAAGUGGCAGUGUCGGUUGCAGGAGGUGCUGCACGCGACGGGGCUGCGGUACAGCGCAAAGGCCCCAUCAAACAGCGGAAGGCGAGAAAGAUCAAACUCUUCUAG